AACCCCGCGCCGUCGCGUCCUCCUUUCCCGGGCGGCUGCCGAAGAUGGCGGAGGGGCAGGUGCUGGUGCUCGAUGGCCGGGGCCAUCUCCUGGGCCGCUUGGCGGCCAUUGUGGCCAAGCAAGUGCUGCUGGGCCGAAAGGUGGUGGUUGUGCGCUGUGAGGGCAUCAACAUUUCUGGCAAUUUCUACAGGAAUAAAUUGAAGUACCUGGCAUUUCUUCGGAAACGAAUGAACACCAACCCUUCCCGGGGUCCUUACCACUUCCGGGCCCCCAGCCGCAUCUUUUGGCGGACUGUGCGAGGCAUGCUCCCGCAUAAGACCAAGCGCGGACAGGCCGCCUUGGACCGCCUCAAAGUGUUCGACGGGAUCCCACCACCCUACGACAAGAAAAAGCGCAUGGUGGUCCCUGCUGCACUCAAGGUGGUGCGCCUGAAGCCCACCCGAAAGUUUGCCUACCUGGGGCGCCUGGCCCAUGAGGUUGGCUGGAAGUACCAGGCCGUGACAGCCACCCUGGAGGAGAAAAGGAAGGAGAAGGCCAAGAUGCACUACCGCAAGAAAAAGCAGCUCAUGAGGCUACGGAAACAGGCAGAAAAGAAUGUGGAAAACAAAAUCAGCAAAUUCACAGAGGUCCUCAAGACCCAUGGACUCUUGGUCUGAGCCCAAUAAACGUGACUGUUCAUUCCA